AUGCCUCCUCCUAGAUUAAGUGAGAAAAUUGACUCAAUUCAAGGAGUACGAAUUGCAGGGCACCAGUCUACUUGGAACAUCAAUUUGGAUUAUUCUGCAGGUUCUCAGGGCACAGUAAAAUCAAUCACCCCGCACGAGUCUUCCCGAGAUGUCAUUCAAGCGCCCCUCGCUUUACCGGCCCUGACCCACCCUCAUAUUCAUUUGGACAAAGCAUUCGUCCACAACUCGAAUAAAUAUUCGCACCUUCUCCCUCGUACAGGCACAUUUCAAGAAGCCUUAUCAUCCACCACUAAGGCCAAGGAGAAUUUCACAUAUGACGAUCUUCUCAAAAGAGGAGAAUGGCUAUUAGCCGACUCCGUCUCGUCGGGGGUCACGGCCAUGAGAGCUUUCGUGGAGGUUGACCACACAGUUGAUCGGACCUGCUUGGAUGCGGCAGUCACACUGAAGAGCCAAUGGAGCGAGGUUUGCCACAUCCAGAUCGCUUGUUUCGCUCAAGAUCCCAUCUUCUCCGGCGAACACGGAGCGAAAAACUGCGAUCUGAUCGCAUCGGCUCUACGGGAUUAUCCACAGAUUGAAGUACUGGGAACAACACCCUACGUGGAAUCCAGCGUGGAAGCUUCGAAGAGCAAUAUUGAGUGGGCGAUUGAACAUGCCUUAAAACAUGACUUACACGUCGAUUUUCAUCUGGACUACAAUCUGGAUCCCGGCAAGGAGGCACUGAUCUGGCAUGUUUUGCAGACACUUCAGCAGGCGGGCUGGACACGUCGAACUACGCGGAAACGCGUGAUGUUAGGACACUGCACGCGUUUAACCCUCUUUACCGAUGAAGAAUGGCAGAAAAUUGCCUCUAUCAUUCAUGACAAUGAUCUCCCCGUCAGCUUCGUUGGUUUACCGACCAGCGAUAUGUAUAUGGCCGCGCCACCAGGCCAAGAAAACCCCCAGCAGCAGCCUAGGGGUACCUUACGAGUGCCUGAUUUGAUACGCAAAUAUGACCUGGAUGCAGUGAUUGGUGUCAACAAUGUGGGCAAUGCUUUUACCCCAUGGGGCUCUGCUGACCCCUUAUUUUUGGCCUGUGUCGGAGUCGGGGUUUACCAGGCGGGCUCGCAAGAUGAUGCCGGGCUGUUAUAUGAAUGCGUGUCAAAUCGCGCCCGAGCUGCGAUCGGGCUGUCAACCGAUACUGGUCUUUCUGUACAAGCGGGUGCAUGUCCGGAUCUUGUGAUUUUUCAUAAUCGAGACGAUACCGGUUGUGGGAUAUCCCGUCCACGUGCAAGCGCGGCUGAGGUGGUCUGGGAUCCACCGGCGCGGACUAGCAGAAGUGUCAUUACCAACGGGCGAGUGCAGGUUAGACCUGCAGGGUUGAGUGAUGACUUGACGUAUAAAUGGACAUCUGGAUGA